CUCUCACUAGUCUCGUGCCCAGCAUCUCUCCUCCCCACGCACCGACAGCCCUGGGCCGCCGCGGGGCGGGGGAUGCCGGGCUGCCGGAUCAGCGCCUGCGGCCCAGGGGCCCAGGAAGGGACGGCAGAACCGGGGUCGCCCCCGCCGCCACCCCGGGAGCCCCUGCCGUCCCUCCAGCCCCCUUCCCCAUCGUCGACCUCGACUCCGACCCCCACUAAGUCACCGCCCUUACCCGAGGCGGCCGAGACACCCGUGGAAGGGCAGGAGCUGCAGCGCUGGCGCCAGGGUGCUAGUGGGGGGUCUGGGGGCGCGGGCCCGGCGGGGAUCGCGGGCGCGGCGGCGGGGGCAGGGGCCCGUGCGCUGGAGCUGGCCGAAGCGCGGCGGCGACUGCUAGAAGUGGAGGGCCGCCGGCGCCUGGUGUCGGAGCUGGAGAGCCGGGUGCUGCAGCUGCACCGAGUCUUCUUGGCUGCGGAGCUGCGCCUGGCGCAUCGCGCCGAGAGCCUGAGCCGCCUGAGCGGCGGCGUGGCCCAGGCCGAGCUCUACCUGGCUGCGCACGGGUCGCGUCUCAAGAAGGGUGCGCGCCGCGGUCGCCGGGGUCGUCCCCCGGCGCUGCUGGCGUCCGCGCUGGGCCUGGGGAGCUGCGUGCCCUGGGGCGCAGGGCGGCUACGGCGGGGCCAGGGCCCGGAGCCCGACUCGCCCUUCCGCCGCAGCCCGCCCCGCGGUCCCGCCUCCCCCCAGCGCUGACCUCAGUACCCCGGACCCCUGGCCUCCCGAGGCAGGCGAGUCUCCAGGUGCGGGAGGACGGACGGACGGACGGAUCCAGGUGCUGGCUAGAUGGACGGCGUCAUCUCCGCGGAGGAGUCAGCGGGGGUCCAUGGGGGCCCUGAAAGUGACACUGAGCUCCUCAGAGGCUCCACUCUAUGGGUUUGGACUGACUUCUGCAUUCCGCACCUUCUCUGGAUACCCUGCCUUCAGGAAGACUUCCAGGACUGACUGUACCCAGUCUCGGGCGCCCUCCUCCCAGGAGCCCUUACAGUGGCAAGGGACUGGGUCCUGGGAACUUGCUCCACUCUGCAUUGCUUCCCAUACACUGUAUUUGCCUUUGCUUAUACAGAG